AUGGCUCCCCCCGCUCCAAUCUCGAUCCCGCUCUUCGCCGAAUCCCAACAGCAACUCCUUCUAAAGGAGCACGAAGCCGAUGUCGCCUCGUCGUCUCUUGCUAGCACUGCUGCCUCCGCCUCGCCCUCUACGCGCCGCACACUCCAAGCCACAGGGUAUGCGUUAACGGGUAUAAUCCUGUCGCAAUGCCGGACUGGUCUUGGAGGACGCAUCGUGGGCGAGUUUGCCGCCGACUCGGCUAUCUCGUCGGGAACUACGAAGGGAAAGGAUAGCGAGGAUGCGACGGCCGCCGCGGAUGGGAAGGCGAGGCUCGGUGCGCAUGGUAUCCGGGUUGGGGAUGUUGUCCGCGUCCAUGAGAUUGGAGGAGCGGGGCCCAAGAAAAUGGGGAAAGAUAAGGGCGGCGGCAAUUCCUCGAAUGGGCCUGAGGGUGUCGUGACGAGGGUUGGGGAGAGUAGCGUGUGGAUUGCGUUCGGGCAGAGAGGGGGCGGCGGUGGUCGCUCCAAGGAGGACGAUGAGAUGGUUGAGGAAUUAUGGGGGAAAAAACUUUGGCUGAUGAAUCAAACGAUGGAGAAAAUGGGUAAAAUGUCAGAGGCAGAUCAUACGCAUUUCAUGCGUGUUGCUUUUGGACAUACAACCCCAAUGCUGCCAGACUACGAAGCUUCCGAACCAGUCGAGUUCCUUGAUCCGACCCUGAAUGAGUCUCAGAAGGAAGCGAUUCGAUUUGCUCUAGCGUCUAGAGACAUUGCGUUGAUCCAUGGCCCUCCUGGCACCGGUAAAACUCAUACCUUGAUCGAAUUGAUCGUCCAAAUGGUCAAGCGGGAUCUCCGGGUACUUGUUUGCGGGCCGUCGAACAUAUCGGUUGACAAUAUUGUAGAACGACUAGUCCCCCAAAAAAUCCCGGUUGUCCGCAUUGGCCAUCCGGCGCGGUUGUUACCAUCGGUUCUUGAGCAUUCGCUGGAAGUGCUCACCCACACAUCGGAGGCUGCGGCUAUAGUACGGGAUGUCCGUAAGGAGAUUGACGAAAAACAGGCGAGCAUCCGUAAGACCAGAUUCGGUCGGGAGAAACGCGCAAUCUACCAGGAUUUGAAAGAGCUACGGCGAGAGUUUCGUGAACGCGAGUCGAAGUGCGUAGACAAUUUAGUCCGGGGGAGUAGCGUUGUGCUUGCGACGCUUCAUGGGGCAGGAGGACACCAGGUCAAAAACCAGAAAUUUGAUGUCGUGAUUAUUGACGAAGCUAGUCAGGCGUUAGAAGCGCAGUGCUGGAUUUCGUUGUUGUCUGCACCAAAGGUGGUCCUUGCUGGUGACCAUUUACAACUCCCGCCGACUGUGAAAUCCGCUAUUCUGAACCGAAAAGACUCAGAGACAAGGGUGGGAGAUGAAGAUGCAAAACUUGGAAAUAUUACCUUGGAGACGACGCUGUUUGAUCGCCUACUAUCACUUCAUGGUCCAGGCAUCAAACGAAUGCUAACUACACAGUAUCGGAUGCACGAGAGUAUCAUGCGUUUCCCGUCGGACGAACUAUAUGAGUCAAAGCUCAUCGCAGCUGAAAGCGUCAAGUCACGCCUUCUCAAAGAUCUACCUUACGAAGUUCAGGAGACGGACGAUACCAGAGAACCUGUAGUCUUUUGGGAUACGCAAGGAGGCGACUUCCCAGAGAAGGUCGAGGACGAAGAUGUCAGCAAAAAGGAGGCAUUACUUGGAGAGAGUAAGAGCAACGAAAUGGAAGCCCUGGUCGUCGGAAAGCAUGUGGACAACCUGGUUCAAGCAGGCAUGCGGCCCGAAGAUAUCGCAGUUAUUACACCCUAUAACGGGCAGCUGGCUAUCCUGUCUCAGAUGCUACGGGAGAAGUACCCAGGUCUUGAACUAGGAAGUGUCGAUGGAUUCCAAGGGCGCGAGAAAGAAGCUGUGAUCGUCAGUCUCGUUCGCAGCAACAGCGAACAAGAAGUAGGGUUUCUCGGAGAAAAGCGGCGCCUCAACGUGGCUAUGACUCGCCCAAAGCGGCAUCUUUGUGUCUGUGGGGAUUCGGAAACAAUCAGCAAAGGGAGUGGGUUUCUGAAACGCUGGAUGGCAUUUCUCGAAGAGAAUGCAGAUUUGCGUUAUCCAGAUGCCGGAGAGCUACUCUGA